AAUACAAGAAGAACUUACCAAUUUAGUCAUUGCUCAGAUCCAGACGAGUGCAGUUGUGUUCGUUAAGGUUUCCUACGUAAACCCCAGGGAUAUUAAUCGGCACUUCCUAUCUUAGGAAAUAUUACAUUCGAUUCCCAUUAAUACGGAAGAAAGAAACAGCAUCAUCAACCAUGGCACCUAAAAUCAAGGCCGGACCGGUGGUGGACAUCCUCGGCGAUGAGAUGACCCGCAUCAUCUGGGACUCGAUCAAGGAGAAGCUGAUUAUGCCAUUCUUGGACAUUGAACUGCACACGUACGAUCUGGGCAUCGAGAACCGGGACAAAACCAACGACCAGGUGACGAUCGAUUGUGCCGAAGCCGUCAAGAAGUACAACGUCGGUAUCAAGUGUGCCACCAUCACUCCGGACGAGGCCCGUGUUAAGGAGUUCAAUCUCAAGCAGAUGUGGCGAUCUCCGAACGGAACGAUUCGAAAUAUUCUCGGUGGUACGGUGUUCCGGGAGGCUAUCAUUUGCAAGAAUGUACCUAGACUGGUGCCCGGUUGGGAGAAACCGAUUGUCAUCGGUCGUCAUGCUCACGGUGAUCAGUACAAGGCUACGGACUUCGUUGUCCCCGGUGCUGGUAGUUUGGAAAUCAAGUUCACUCCCACCGCAGGGGGAGAACCGAUAAGCUACGUUGUGCACCAGUAUAAGGGACCAGGUGUUGCCAUGGCCAUGUACAACUUGGAUGACUCAAUCAUCGAUUUUGCACAUUCGUCCUUCAAGGUUGCCCUAGAUCGCAAAUUUCCACUAUAUUUAAGCACGAAAAACACUAUUUUGAAGAAGUACGACGGACGCUUCAAAGACAUUUUCCAGGAUAUUUACGACAAGGACUACAAGAAGCAGUUCGAAGCUGCAGGAAUUUGGUACGAACAUCGCCUCAUCGAUGACAUGGUGGCGUACUGCAUGAAAGCGGAAGGUGGAUUUGUGUGGGCUUGCAAAAACUACGACGGUGAUGUCCAAUCGGACACCGUGGCACAGGGUUUCGGAUCAUUGGGUUUGAUGACGUCGGUGUUGGUAUGCCCGGAUGGAAAAACCGUAGAAGCUGAAGCCGCCCACGGUACCGUAACACGUCAUUUCCGUUUCUACCAGCAGGGCAAGGAAACCUCGACCAACCCGAUCGCAUCGAUCUUCGCCUGGACACGGGGUCUGUUGCACCGUGCCAAGCUAGAUAACAACGCUGAAUUGAAGAAAUUUGCCGAAACAUUGGAGAAGGUCUGCAUCGACACGAUCGAGGCUGGCUUCAUGACCAAAGAUUUGGCCAUUUGCAUUAAGGGUAUGGCCAAUGUUACCCGGGCCGAUUACCUGGAGACGUUCGAGUUCAUGAACAAGUUAGGUGAUAAUCUGAAAGCUGCUUUGGCUUAAGCUAGUUUCCAAAACGCAGCGAAUCCGCUUCGGGAUAGGUAUUAAGCAGUACUAUAUAAAUAGAAUAAGCGGGUCGGCUGAAACUCUCAGAGAAUAUUAUGAUGAACAAUUUUACAUAUUUGUUGGAAAAUAAACUCACCUUUUGUAGAAUCGGAA